AUUUAUCAGUACUUUACAGUUUACAUAAUCGAGUUAACAAGAGAUAAGUACUCCGUUUGAAACACUCAAGCGUAAUUAGCUAUAAAAUCCCACUAAAGCUAUCCAAAGAAAAUGUAUGGAAUAAACAGAGAAGUAGAAAUUAUGCAUUGUAGCCAAUAUCUUCACUUAGUGCUUCUUGUCUCUGUCAUUUUGACAAGUAGUUGUGUUAAUGCUCAGCUCCAGAGGGACUUCUAUCGGAAUUUAUGUCCAAAUGUGGAGUCCAUCGUCCGAUCAGCAGUUGAAGACAAGUUUAAACAGACAAUUGUUACAGCAGCAGCAACACUUAGACUCUUCUUCCACGAUUGCUUUAUACAGGGCUGUGAUGCUUCCAUCAUACUGAGGUCGGCAGGAAAUAACACAGCAGAAAAGGAUCAUCCAGACAAUCUGUCCCUUGCUGGAGAUGGAUUUGACACUGUUAUUAAAGCCAAAGCUGCAGUUGAUAAUGUCCCUGCUUGUAAGAACAAAGUCUCUUGUGCUGAUAUCUUGGCCAUGGCCGCUAGAGAUGUCAUUGCAUUGGCAGGAGGACCGCACUAUGCUGUUGAAUUAGGAAGGAGGGACGGCAGAAUGUCUUCACAAACUAGUGUGCAAAACAAUCUACCUCACUCUAACUCCGGCUUACAGAAACUCCUUCCUAUGUUUGCCUCUCGUGGACUAUCUAUCAGACAUUUGAUUGCCCUCUCAGGAGCACAUACACUAGGAUUUUCACAUUGCAACCAGUUCUCAAGCAGGUUAUACAACUUUAACAGCACACACAAGGUUGAUCCAACAAUUGAUGUAACCUAUGCUAAGAAACUCCAAGAAAUGUGCCCACAAGAUGCACUUCCUGGAGUAGUCAUCCCCAUGGAUCCAGACACCCCUCAACUGUUCGAUAACACGUAUUACAAGAACCUACAGAGAGGGAAAGGGCUGUUCACUUCUGACCAGACACUAGUUACUAAAAGGGGAUCAAGGAGAAUAGUGAAUAUCUUUGCAUCAAACAAGACGGCUUUUGAAAGGGUCUUUAUUGCUGCCAUAACAAAGCUCGGAAGGUUUGGGGUCAAAACUGGAAAUCUUGGUGAAAUUCGGAAAGAUUGCGCUGUAGUGAACUAAGUAAACAGAAGAUAGAGUAGAUCACAGAUUCAUAUAGGACCAUUCUGUACCACUUAAUUCAAAUUCCAAUAAUUACGCAAUAAUAUUUAAUGAUGUUCAUGAA